UGAUCCACUGGACAAGGCAGAUCAAGGAGGUCCUAAGUUCCCAGGAUGCAAUAGAGACUGCCGACAACGCUGGUCCUCUGGAAGAGAUUGAGUUCUGGAAGUCUCGCUGUGACGACCUGUCCGGUUUGAGCGAACAGCUCGACAAACCUGGGGUCAAGAGAAUACAGAGGAUCUUAGAGCUGUCCAAGUCUUCCUAUGUGGCACCUUUCCUCAAGAUGGCAAGGAUGAUCCAGGUUGGAGAUUCUGAAGUAGACGGCUCAGCGCAGGCCCAGAGUAACCUGAAGUUCCUGUCGUCCCUGAAAGAGCCGUGCCAGGCGCUAGACGAGGCAUCUCCCAAGGACAUCCCUGCCAUGUUACCCAAGAUCCUCAGCAUCAUCCGCAUGAUCUGGUCCAACUCCGAGUUCUACAACACACGCGAGCGACUCACAGGGCUCUUCAGAAAGAUGAGUAAUGAGAUCAUCAGAAGAUGUUGUAAAGAGAUCUCCCUGGAGAGGAUUUUUGACGGUUACAUCAAGUCCAGCAUGCAGAGUCUACACGAGAGCAUCCAGUGCUGCAUCUCAUGGAAGGAGACAUACCAAAGGACUGCGAGAGUCCAUCACAGGUUCAGUCCCCAAGGCUGGGUACUCGACCAGACAAGUAUCUUUGCACAAGUCGAUGCCUUUGUCCAGAGAUGCAAGGACCUGCUAGAGGUGUGUGAGUGCCAGAUGCACUUUGCCCGAUGGGAGGAUGGCACAAAAACGCCCUUGCCGCACUUCGCCGGACACCGUGGACCCGAGGUUGCUCGCAGUCUCCUAGAGAUCGAGGCCUCAUUUGAGAGAAACCUGCAGAUCCUAAAAGACGUCAAGAAGACCAUUCUGGAUGUCAAGGCAACAUCAUGGCACGAUGACUACAACAAAUUCCGUGCUGGAGUGAAGGAUCUGGAAGUCAUGAUGCAGAACGUCAUCUCCUCUGCCUUUGAGACCAUCACCACAGUCCAGGCUGGUGUGGAACUGCUGGAUGCCUUUGCUCAUCUCAAUAGCAGAGAGGCCGUGCGCAGAACGAUUGACAAGAAGACGGUGGAGAUCUGGGGCCUGUUUAAUGAGGAGCUGAACCUGGUGAAGAAGGAGAUGUCCAAGGCCAAGUCCGUAGAGCUGCCGGCCAUGCACCCCAAGUACGCAGGGGCCUCGCACUGGGCACGGGCACUCAAGAGGAGGAUAGACGCACCCAUGCAGACGCUGGGCAAGGCCUUCUUCCUCCCAAAGACUGGUUCAGGUACAGAGGCGACCACACAGUACCAGCAGUUGGCCCAGGCCCUGGAUGAGUUCAUCAGGAAGAUGUUUAACGAGUGGACGGGCACCGUGGAGAGGGACCUGGGGAAGAGACUGGAGAUCCCUCUCAUGUGCCGCAGUCAGGAGAAACAGGGGAUGCUCGACAUCAACUUUGACAAGUCCCUGCUGAAGCUGUUUAAUGAGAUCCACCAUUGGGAGCAGCUGAUGUUUGAGAUCCCCCACUACGCACAUGAAGUCUACAUGAAGAAGGAAGAUCUACGGGGACUGAGGGAACAUGUACUACUGGUCGUCAGAGACUAUAACAGAAUCAUCGCUGCCCUGUCGACUGAGGAGAGAGGGUUGUUCCGGGAGAGAAUCCGGUUCCUGGACAAGAAGAUCCACCCUGGCCUGACCAAGCUGACCUGGGCCUCCAAGGGCAUCUCUGACUUCUUUGUCCAGGAAUGUCGCACACAUGCUGGCAAGGUCCAGUCCAUUGUAGAUGACUACAAGGCAGCCAACCUGACCAUCUCCAGGAACUGUGUGCGCAUCAGCGAGAUGCUGCUGGUGAAGAUCGACGGGAAGCGGGUGUACGAGGACCUGGCCUUUGAGGACGACCAGGUGCGGCACCGCGGGAACCAGCAGCAGCGGCUGCAGACCAUCCACGACGAGAUCGUACAGAUCAUGAGGAAGACUUACGAGGUGUUCAGGACUGACGGUGCAGAGGUCCAGAACCACUGGUACCGGUACACAGAGAAGAUGGACCGUAUGGUGGAGGAGGCCUUCCGUCUGAACGUGAAGUGGUCGCUACAGGAACUCUCACGCGCCAUCAACGGAGACGGAAAAACCACGCCCAACCCGCUCUUCAGGGUCAAGGUCGUUCUGGAGGGAGACAAGGUUGAGUUCUCGCCAACUCUGAAGAAGCUUGCGAGCAUCGUGAACAACGUGAGCACCCAGCUGUCCCAGUCUGUGUCCAUCAUCAAGCGGUUACCAGACGUGCUGACCAGGAGGAGGUCACAGAAAGAUCCCAUAUAUCAGAUCAUUGAAAGAGAUGAUGACACCAAGAAGAUCCAGGGCAGCAUCAGUUCUGGCAUGCAGGCAAACGCACAACACCUGCAGCAGUACCUACAGACAUGGGACGGGUACCGUGAGAUCUGGGAGAUCAACAAGGAUGCCUUCAUCAGGAGAUACCAGCGACUCAACCCACCUGUCUCAUCAUUCGACGCUGACAUUGCCAGGUACACAGAAGUUGCCAACAACGUACAAAAGGAGGAGACAGUUCUGAACAUCCAGUUUGUCCUGCUGGACUGCUCGCCGCUCAAGUUCUCCCUGCUCAACCACUGCAACGAGUGGCAGAACAAGUUCACCACGCUGCUCAGCGAGAUGGCACGCGCCACCCUGAACGAGCUGCACACAUACCUAAAGGAAAAUGGAGAGAAAGUAAGCAAGCACCCGCAGACCCUGGAUGAGCUUGGGGACGGGCUACAGCUGCUGGAGCACCUGCAGGGCGAGGUCCCCAACAUCGAGGCACGCUUCCCACCCCUCCACGACCAGUUCGCCAUCCUGGAGAAAUACGACGUGCCUAUUGAUGACGAGACCCGUCAGAAGCUGGAGGACCUGAGCAAUGCCUGGGUGUCCUUCCAGCAGUGCCUGAUUGACAGCGACGCCAUGCUGAAACGCCACAAGGACAAGUUCAAGUCUGGGCUCAUCGCCUCCUCAGAAGAGUUCAAGAAGCAAGUGGCUAACUUGGUGGACGAGUUCUCAACCAAGGGACCAUUCAGCAGUCAGGCUGGUUGUGACCCAGCCCUGGAGCAGAUCUCUGCCAUCAGACAGAGUCUCAACAUGCUGAAGCUUCAGGAGAACAACCUUAGAAGGGGGCUGGGCAUCUUUAAGAUAGAACAGCCACCCUCUAAGGAGAUCGCUGGGCUGGAUAAGGAUCUGGACUUCCUAGAGCAAGUGUGGGAGCUGACUAAGGAAUGGGAGGGCAACUGGGACCAGUGGAAGGUGGGCAAGUUUAACGAGCUGGUCACCACGGACAUGGAGAUGACCGCAGGCAACCUGUUCAAGAAGCUGAACAGACUCAGCAGAGAACUCAAGGAGAAGAACUGGGAGAUUAUAGACACGUCCAAGGCGAGGGUGGACCAGUUCCGCCGCACCAUGCCGCUCAUCCAGGACCUGAGGAACGACGCCAUGCGCGACCGCCACUGGGCGCAGAUCAAGACGGAAGUCCAGAAACCGUUCGACCACCUCGGAGAGGACUUCACCCUGGGGAAGAUCAUCGAGCUGGGGCUGGACCAGUUCAGUGAACAGAUCAGUGAGAUCUCGGCGGCUGCCAGUAAGGAACUGUCCAUCGAGCAGGCAUUGGCAGAAAUCUCCUCCUUAUGGGAGGACACAAACCUGGAGAUCGGACCGUACAAGGAUCGCGGACACUUCAGGCUCAAGGGUACAGAUGAGGUGUUCCAGCAGCUGGAGGAUAACCAGGUGACCCUGUCCACCAUGAAAGCAUCUCGUUACAUCAAACCCUUCGAGGCUCAGGUGGACAAGUGGGAGAGGACCCUGUCUCACAUCCUGGAAGUCAUUGAGAUGAUCCUCACUGUACAGAGGCAGUGGAUGUACCUAGAGAACAUCUUCCUGGGUGAGGACAUCAGAAAGCAGCUCCCGCGGGAGUCGGCAGAGUUUGAUGACGUCAACGCCAACUGGAAGGUCAUCAUGACCAGGAUGAACAAGGAUCCGAAUGCACAGAGGGGAACACAUCACGAGGGCAUCCUGGAGAAGCUGAAUGACAUGAACACCAAGCUGGAAGAGAUCCAGAAGUCCCUGGACAUGUACCUGGAGACCAAGCGCCAGAUCUUCCCCAGGUUCUACUUCAUCUCUAAUGACGACCUGCUGGAGAUACUCGGACAGUCACGCAACCCUGAAGCUGUCCAGCCUCAUCUGAAGAAGUGCUUCGACAACAUCAAGUCUCUGAAGACCCACAAGAUCGGGGUGGGAAACAAGACCGAGGCGCAGGGCAUGUCCUCCACGGAUGGCGAGUAUGUGGAGUUUGGACACCCUGUGCUGCUGGAGGGGCCUGUGGAGGCAUGGCUGUGUGAUGUGGAGAGGACCAUGAGAUGGACCCUGAAGGAUCUACUGAAGCAGUGCAGGACAGCUCUCAAGAAACAAGUCAGCAAGAGGGACAAGUGGGUCAAGGACUGGGCUGGACAGAUGUUGAUCACCUCCAGUCAGAUGCAGUGGACAGCAGACGUCACCAAGGCCCUGGCUCAGACCAAGGAACGAGGUGACAAGAAGGCCCUCAAGAGCCUGAAAAAGAAACAGAUCUCCAUGCUGAACAAGUUCUCCGAGGCUAUCCGUGGCAACCUGACCAAGAUCCAACGUCUGAAGAUCGUUGCCUUGGUAACCAUUGAGGUCCACGCCCGUGACGUGAUUGAGAAGCUCAUCAAGUCUGGUGUCAGUGACGUCACAGCUUUCGAGUGGCUCAUGCAGCUCCGCGUCUACUGGGACAAGGAUAUCGAUGACUGUGUAGUACGACAGACAAACACCCAGUUCCAGUAUGGGUAUGAGUACCUGGGGAACUCUGGCAGGCUGGUCAUCACUCCACUCACUGACAGAUGCUACAUGACCCUGACCACAGCCCUGCACCUCCAUCGGGGAGGCAGUCCUAAGGGCCCGGCCGGGACAGGCAAGACAGAGACUGUGAAGGACCUGGGCAAGGCCCUGGGAGACUAUGUCAUCGUGGUGAACUGUUCCGAGGGUCUGGACUACAAGUCUAUGGGCAGGAUGUUCUCAGGACUCGCACAGACCGGUGCCUGGGGCUGUUUUGAUGAGUUUAACCGCAUCAACAUCGAGGUGUUGUCAGUGGUAGCCCAGCAGAUCCUGUCCAUCCUGUCAGCACUGGCGGCCGGAUCACAGAGGUUCGUGUUUGAGGGGCGGGAGAUCAACCUGAUCUGGUCCUGUGGGAUCUUCAUCACCAUGAACCCUGGCUAUGCUGGGCGUACUGAGCUACCAGACAACCUGAAGUCCAUGUUCCGGCCCAUCUCCAUGGUGGUUCCUGACUCAGGCUACAUCGCUGAGAUCACUCUGUUUGGAGAGGGCUUCAGCAACACCAGGGUCCUUGCUAAGAAGGUGCAGACUCUGUACUCCCUGGCUGUGCAGCAGUUGUCCAAGCAGGACCAUUACGACUUCGGUCUGCGAGCACUGGUGUCUGUGCUGAGGUAUGCUGGCAGGAAGAAGCGAGCAAACCCAAACAUGCCGGACGAGGAGGUAUUGAUCAUCUCCAUGAGGGACAUGAACUUGGCCAAGCUGACCUCCAUUGACCUUCCCCUCUUCAACUCCAUCGUGUCUGACUUGUUCCCUGGUGUGGACCCUCCCGCCAUCGACUAUGGCAAGUUCAAACAAGCCAUAGACGCUGAGCUGAAGGCUGCUGGCCUACAGAACAUCUUCUUCACCACCCAGAAGAUCAUUCAGCUGUUCGAGACCAAGAACUCUCGUCACUCCACCAUGAUCGUGGGGAAGACGGGCAGCGGGAAGACGGUGACGUGGCGCAUGCUGCAGGCAACCAUGGCGAGGAUGAAGAAACAAGGCGACACUACGUUCUCUUGUGAAAAUGUCAAGGACUAUCCCAUCAACCCCAAGGCCCUGUCCCUGGGUGAGCUGUACGGAGAGUUUGACCUCAACACCAACGAGUGGACAGACGGAGUUCUGUCCAGUGUCAUGAGACUGACCUGUGCAGAUGAGAAGCCAGACCAGAAGUGGAUACUGUUUGACGGUCCGGUGGACACCCUGUGGAUUGAGAGCAUGAACUCAGUCAUGGACGACAACAAGAUUCUCACCCUUAUCAACGGAGAGAGGAUCGGCAUGCCUGAUCAAGUGUCCCUGUUGUUUGAGGUGGAGGACCUGGCGGUGGCCUCACCUGCCACUGUUAGCAGGUGUGGCAUGGUGUACAACGACUACAACGACCUCAGGUGGAAACCCUAUGUUGACUCCUGGCUGGACAAGCGGACACAAAAGCAAUCUGUGGAGCACCUUCAGCGGCUGUUUGACAAGUAUGUGAACCAGGUGCUGGAGUUCCGCAGAACCCAGUGUAAGGAGCUGGUGGUCUCGUCUGAGCUGAACGUGGUGGCAUCUCUGUGCAGACUCCUGGAUUCACUGGCUACCGAAGAGAAUGGGGUGAACCCCCACGACAGUGAUAACUACGGGCGUAUGAUCGAGCUGUGGUUCAUGUUCUGUCUCAUCUGGUCCGUGGGAGCCACCGUGGACGAGGACGGCAGGAAGAAGAUGGACAACUACAUCCGGGAGCUGGAGGGGUCCUUCCCAAACAAGGACACCAUCUAUGAGUACUACGUGGACCCCAAGAACAAGGUGUACAGCCACUUUGAGGACAAACUGCCUCGAGACUGGAGAUACAACCCAACUACUCCAUUCUACAAGAUCAUGGUACCGACAGUUGACACAGUCAGAUAUAACUUCCUGGCCUCGGUCCUGCUGGAGAAGGGGAACCCUGUCCUGCUGACCGGACCAGUCGGUACAGGGAAAACCUCCGUGGCACAGAACGCUCUGCUUCAACUGGACUCCAAGAAGUACAACAUCCUCACUGUCAAUUUGUCUGCUCAGACUUCAUCCAACAAUGUCCAGGACAUCAUAGAGAGCCGAGUAGAGAAGAGGACCAAGGGUGUGUACGUUCCCAUCGGUGGGAAGAAACUCAUCACCUUCAUGGACGACUUCAACAUGCCGGCUAAGGACCUGUUUGGCUCCCAGCCUCCUCUGGAGCUCAUCCGUCAGUGGAUCGACUACAGCUUCUGGUACGACAGGGAAAAACAGACGGUCAAAUAUGUGAAGGACAUGUUGUUGAUGGCAUCCAUGGGUCCCCCUGGAGGAGGCAGGACCAACAUCUCCGGCAGACUUCAGAGCAGGUUCAACAUGAUCAACAUGACCUUCCCAAGUGAGUCCCAACAGAAGCGAAUCUUCGGAACGAUGAUCAACCAGAAGCUCCAGGACUUUGAAGAAGAUGUGAAGCCGAUCGGUGAUGUCAUCACCCAGGCCACGCUGGAGGUGUACGAGUCUGUGGUGGAGAAGUUCCUCCCCACUCCAGCCAAGAUCCACUAUCUCUUCAACCUGAGAGACAUCUCCAAGGUGUUCCAAGGGUUGUUGCGAGCCCACCGUGACUUCCACGACACGAAGCAGGCCAUGACGCGGCUCUGGAUCCACGAGUGUUUCCGCGUCUUCUCGGACCGUCUGAUUGACGCUGACGACAUGCAGACCUAUGUGGAGCUGCUGAGUGAGAAGCUGGGCUCUCUCUUCGAUGUGACCUACCACUCCAUCUGUCCCAACAAACAGCCGCCCAUAUUUGGUGACUUCCUGAAUGACAAGGGUGUGUAUGAAGACCUGACGGACAUCAAAGCCCUGAAGAGGUUCAUGGAGGAUCAGCUGGAGGAUUACAACAACACCCCAGGCUGGAUCGCCAUGGACCUGGUGCUCUUUAGGGACGCCAUGGAACAUGUUUCCCGUAUUGUACGAGUGAUCAGACAGCCCCGAGGUAACAUGUUCUUGGUUGGUAUCGGAGGCAGCGGCAGACAGAGCCUGGGUCGCCUGGCUGCCUACAUCUGCGAGUACCAGGUCUUCCAGAUCGAGGUGACCAGGCACUACAGAAAGACGGAGUUCAGAGAUGACUUGAAGCGGCUGUACUGGAUGGCGGGAGUGGAGAACAAACCGACGGUGUUCCUGUUUGUGGACACCCAGGUCGUUGAAGAGUCCUUCCUAGAGGAUAUCAACAACAUCCUGUCCAGCGGAGAGGUCCCCAACCUCUACAAACCUGACGAGUUCGAAGAGGUUCGAAAUAAUUUGACGGAGGCAGCGAAGAAGGACGGGAUCAAUGACACCCCAGAACAGAUGUUUGCCUACCUGGUGGAGAAGGUCAGGAACAACCUGCACGUGGUGCUGUGUAUGAGCCCUGUGGGAGAGCCUUUCAGAAAUCGCAUCCGACAGUACCCAGCCUUUGUCAGCACCACCACCAUUGAUUGGUUCCUGGAAUGGCCCCAUGAUGCUUUGCUGGAGGUGGCAGAGAGAUAUCUGGAGUCUAUGGACCUGGGAACCAAUGAGGAUAUUAAGCCUGCAGUGGCGCAGGUGUUUGUGGUGAUGCACCGCUCGGUUGUGGACUUCUCUGCUCGAAUGUUCCUGGAGAUGAAGAGGCACAACUACGUAACGCCCACCAACUACCUGGAACUGGUGUCUGGAUACAAGGAACUGCUGUACGAGAAGCGUAAGGAGAUCGGAGACGAGAUCAACAAGCUUCGUAACGGCCUGAUGAAGAUCGACGACACGCGAGCCAAGGUGGAGGUCAUGUCGGUGGAGCUGGAGGAGGCGCGGACCAAAGUGGCUCAGUUCCAGAAGGAGUGUGACGAGUACCUGGUCACCAUCGUGCAGCAGAAGAGAGAGGCUGAUGAACAACAGAAGUCUGUUGCAGCUGCAAGUGUGAAGAUUGGUGAGGAUGAGAAGCGGUGCCAGGGGAUGGCUGAUGCUGCCCAGAAGGACCUGGAUGAAGCCAUGCCUGCCCUGGAGGCUGCCGUAAAGGCCUUAGAGUCCUUGAACAAGAAGGACAUGACAGAGAUCAAGUCCUACGCCAAGCCUCCAGCGCUGGUCGAGACCGUCAUGCAAGCUGUGAUGAUCCUACGAGGGAACGAACCAACCUGGGCAGAGGCCAAACGACAGCUAGGUGACCAGAACUUCAUCAAGCAGCUGGUCAACUUUGACCGUGACAACAUCUCGGACAGAACGCUGAAGAAGAUUGGUCAGUACUGUGCCCAGCCCGACUUUGAUCCUGAGAUCAUCGGGCGUGUGUCUGCUGCUGCCAAGUCCCUGUGUAUGUGGUGCAGAGCUAUGGAGGUGUACGGACGUAUCUACCGAGUGGUGGAACCCAAGCGUAACAGGCUGAACAACGCUCUGUCCCAGCUCAAGGAGAAACAAGCAUCUCUAGCAGAGGCCAAGCGAAGACUUGAUGAAGUGAACAAGCGUAUGGAGGACCUGAAGAGACAGUAUGAUGAGAAACUGGCCCAGAAGGAAGAGCUGAGGAAGAAGGCCGAGGAGACGGAACUGAAACUGGACCGGGCCGGCAAACUGGUGUCCGGUCUGGCUGGGGAGAAGGUUCGCUGGGAGGAAAAUGCCACUAUCCUGGAGGGCAACAUGGGAUACCUCGUGGGAGACUGUCUGAUUGCAGCUGCCUUCCUGUCCUACGCCGGUCCCUUCCUCUCCAACUAUCGUGACGACAUGGUCUUAAACAUCUGGAUCAAAGAGGUCCGGCAGCUCAACGUGCCCUGCAGUCCCGACUUCAGCUUCGCUCAGUUCCUGUCCAAGCCCACGGUGGUGCGAGACUGGAACAUCCAGGGCCUGCCUUCCGACGCCUUCUCCACGGAGAACGGCGUGAUCGUGUCCCGCGGCAGGCGCUGGCCGCUCAUGGUGGAUCCACAGGGACAGGCCAUCAAAUGGAUCAAGAACAUGGAAAGGCAGAGGGACCUGAAGAUCAUUGACCUCCAGCAGCAUGACUACCUGAGGACCCUGGAGAACGCCGUCCAGUUUGGCACCCCCGUUCUGCUGCAGAACGUACAGGAGGAGCUGGACCCCUCACUCAGCCCCAUCCUCAGCAAGUCUAUCAUCAAAGUCGGUGGCCGUUUCCUGAUCCGACUGGGUGACAAGGAAGUGGAGUACAGCCCUGACUUCAAGUUCUACAUCACCACCAAGCUCAGUAACCCCCACUACACCCCCGAGAUCAGCACCAAGACAACCAUCAUCAACUUCGCUGUGAAGGAGCAGGGUCUGGAGGCACAGCUGCUGGGAAUAGUUGUCAGAAAGGAACGUCCAGAGCUUGAGGAACAGAAGGACAGUCUGGUGAUCAACAUUGCUGCUGGGAAGAAGAAACUGAAGGAGUUGGAGGAUGAAAUUCUCAGACUGCUGAAUGAGGCUCAGGGCUCCCUCCUGGACGAUGAACAGCUGGUCAACACCCUGCAGUCCUCCAAGGUCACGUCAGCAGAGGUCGGAGAACAGCUGCAGAUCAGCGAACAGACGGAGAUCAAGAUCGACGCGGCCAGAGAGGGUUACAGGCCAUGUUCCACCCGAGCGUCGAUCCUGUUCUUUGUGCUGAACGACAUGGGCCGUAUCGACCCCAUGUACCAGUUCUCCCUGGACGCCUACAUCGAUCUCUUCAUCAUCUCCAUUGACAAGAGUCAGCGCAGUCCCAAACUGGAGGAGCGAAUCAACAACCUGAACGAGUACCACACAUACGCAGUCUACAGGUACACGUGUCGAGGUUUGUUUGAGCGGCACAAGCUGCUCUUCUCCUUCCAGAUGUGCGCCAAGAUCCUGGAGAAUGCUGGAAAACUCAACAUGGACGAGUACAACUUCUUCCUCAGGGGCGGAGUGGUGAUGGACCGUGCUGACCAGAUGGACAACCCCUGCACAACCUGGCUAGUGGACUCUUCCUGGGACAACAUCACUGAACUCGACAAACUCACCAACUUCCAUGGGAUCAUGACGUCCUUUGAGCAGUACCCACGUGACUGGCACAUCUGGUACACAGCCUCCGAGCCUGAGAGGUCACCACUACCUGGUGAAUGGGACAAUGCCUGUAAUGAGUUGCAGCGUAUGUUGAUCGUCCGCUCCCUCCGUCCCGACCGCGUCUCCUUCUGCGUGACCUCGUUCAUUGUGAACAACCUGGGGUCCAAGUUCGUGGAGCCGCCUGUUCUGGACAUGAAAGCAGUGGUGGACGACUCCACCACCAAGACUCCCCUCAUCUUUGUGCUUUCCCCUGGAGUGGACCCGACCAGCAGCCUUCUCCAGCUGGCUGAACAGUCUGGCAUGGCCAGCAGGUUCCAUGCCCUGUCUCUGGGUCAGGGACAGGCUCCCAUCGCUACCAGGAUGAUCAAGGAAGGAGUCAGAGAGGGCAACUGGGUGUUCCUGGCCAACUGCCACCUGUCGCUCAGCUGGAUGCCGCAGCUGGACAAGCUGGUGGAACAGCUGCAGAUUGAGGAGCCCCACCCUGACUUCCGCCUGUGGCUCAGCUCCAGCCCGCAUCCUGACUUCCCCAUCUCCAUCCUGCAGGCCGGCAUCAAGAUGACCACCGAACCUCCAAAGGGUCUGAAGGCCAACAUGAAGCGUCUGUACAACCUGAUCACAGAGCAGCAGUUUUCUCGCUGCCACAAGCAGGACAAGUACAAGAAGCUGCUGUUUGGGCUCUGCUUCUUCCACUCCAUCCUCCUGGAGCGCCGCAAGUUCCUUCAGCUGGGCUGGAACAUCAUCUAUGGCUUCAACGACUCUGACUUUGAGGUGUCUGAGAAUCUGCUGAGUAUCUACCUGGAUGAGUAUGAUGAGACUCCGUGGGAUGCCCUGAAGUACCUGAUCGCAGGAGUGAACUACGGAGGCCACAUCACCGACGACUGGGACCGCAGGCUACUCAUGACCUACAUCAUGGACUUCUUCAAAGACGACGCCGUGUCCGCUCCAUUCUACAAGUUGUCCAGCCUUCCCACUUACUACAUCCCUAAGGACGGCCCUCUGCAGACCUACAAGGAGUACAUCAGCAUGUUACCUGGUGUGGACCACCCCGAGGCUUUUGGACAGCAUCCAAACGCUGACAUUGCCAGCCAGAUCACAGAGACACGCACACUGUUUGAAACUCUGCUGUCACUGGUGCCACAAGUGUCUGCUGCUGGAAAGGGAGAGAGCAAAGAAGACAAGGUUCUCCAGCUUGCAGCUGAUGUUCUUCAGAAGGUUCCAGAGAACAUCGACUAUGAGGGCACAGCCAAGAUCCUGGAUGGAGACAACUCACCUCUCAACGUCGUCCUGCUACAGGAAAUCCAACGGUACAAUGCCCUGUUGGAGGUCAUGCGUAAGUCUCUGGUUGAACUUGAGAAGGGAAUCAAGGGCAUUGUGGUGAUGUCCAGCGACCUUGAAGAGACCUUCAACUGCAUCUUUGCUGCCACUGUGCCGCCGAUGUGGGAAUUUGCCUACCCCUCCAUGAAGCCUCUGGCAGCGUGGACCCGAGACCUGAUCCAGAGGGUGGAACAGUUUGCCAAGUGGGCGGAGACGGCCCACCCGCCUGUCAUCUUCUGGAUGGCCGGCUUCACCUUCCCCACCGGCUUCCUCACCGCCGUCCUGCAGACGUCAGCGAGGCAGAACAGUGUGUCGGUCGACUCCCUGUCCUGGGAGUUUGUGGUGUCAACUGUGGAUGACAACAACAUCACGGGGGCUCCAAAGGAUGGUGUGUGGGUGAAAGGUCUGUUCCUGGAGGGAGCUGGCUGGGACAAGAAGAACGCGUGUCUGAUUGAGGCUGACCCCAUGCAGCUGGUCUGUUCCAUCCCAACCAUCCACUUCAAACCUGUGGAGAACAAAAAGAAGAGCAGCAAAGGUAUCUAUUCAUGCCCGUGUUACUACUUCCCCAACCGUGCUGGUGCCACCGGGCGGGCGUCCUUCGUUGUUGCUGUGGACCUGAAGACUGGAGCCAUGCCGUCAGACCACUGGGUCAAGAGAGGAUCUGCACUUCUCAUGAGUUUGGACCACUAGUUUCAGACUCGUUA